GAUUGUGGCAAUCUGCUGCUCAUCACGAAAGCGAGGCAAGGCUGAGCUGGCUGAGCAUUGUCCUUACUGUGGCCUGCUGUUUGGCCGACAAGAUGCACCUUAUUUCAUGAACUGUGAAAGACAAAGAGCAGUGACUUGGACGACAUUGUCUGCGAGCGAUGCUUUUGUAGACUGGACACUGCCUGGCUGUGAAAUAUCGUUGGAUACGUGGUGGACGCCAUUUUCCCCUCGUCUCUCUGGUGGUGAAUGUGCAUUUCUCCAACAAGGAAGCGUUUACUAAACCUACCGUGUGGUUUCGUUUGGACUGUUCGUGGCUGCUACGGACUCAUCGCCGCCACCCUGUUUUCGGGAUAACUAUUCAGAGCCAACGUUAGGCGUGACUAGCGACGCUGAGUGGUAUCAUGGAGCGGGACACCAAUCAGAUGUCGCAAAGUGGGGCCUUGUGCCGGUCCGGCUGUGGUUUUUAUGGCAGUCCAGCCACGGACGGUCUCUGCUCACAAUGCUACAAGGAUGCCCUCAAGCGCAAACAGACAGCCGGGAGAGGCAGCCCAACAGCGGCAUCAUCUUCGCUUGGGCUUGCAGCUUCGUCCUCUUCGAGCAGCAGCGAGUGUGCCUCUUCCGCCAGCGUCGCCGCAGUGUCGGACCCUGCCCUCAACACAGCCAGCCCGACAGUUCCUCCCGUACUGGCCUCCACAUCUCAGGAUGCAGCCGUCAGUGAGGCCUGUUGCUUGUUGCAGAAGGCAGACCUGGAUGCACCAUCAAAAUCUACUGAGAGCGUGACCUCUGAAACGGGCAGCCAGCAAGACGACCAGAAGGACCAGAAGAAAAAGAAAAAUCGGUGUCGGAUGUGCCGCAAAAAGGUCGGCCUCACGGGCUUCCAGUGUCGCUGUGGGGGUCUCUUUUGCAGCCUCCACAGAUAUUCCAACGAGCACGACUGUACGUUUGACUAUAAGGAAAUGGGUGCUCAGGAGAUCAGAAAGAACAAUCCUGUGGUGGUGGGGGACAAGAUACAGAAGAUUUGAGGGCCUGCACAUAUAGGGUGCUGCAUCCUUUGUUCUUUUUGGUGGGGCCGACGAGAACAUCACGCAAGCAAGAUUGCAGCCAAGAUUUUUUUCCUUUUUUUUGCGACUUUUUCUUCUGUUGUUGUCUGCCAUUGUCGUCUGCCAUUGCCAGUUUCUGCAGCUGCUAGCGUCAUGACAGCCAGAUAUUUUCCUUUGAAAAAAAUCUUGAGUGUGGAGCACAUUUUGUUUGCUAGUUAUUGCUAGUGCUGGUACUGCUUUCUCUUUCUCUCUCUCAUUCACUGGACGUCAUUUUAGCAGGAACAAAUGCAGACCAAGAAGUGUUAGGUACAAUAAAAAAUUCAUAGUGUGCCCAGCCUCUGGUGCACUUCUUCUCCUUUUCCUUCUGCAUGUCUUGCUUUUUCUUGUUUGUGUGAAAUAAUUCCGGUUUUCUUUUUAUUUAGAGUGAGUGCACCGGUGUGUAUGUGUGGUGUGUGUUUGUGUGUGUGUGAAUCCCGACAGGGCUUAUGCCCCGUGCCCUGUCGUGCUUACAUGGAUGAUGGACGUGUGUAAUUAAUUAUAUCAAUUUGUUUUUAUUUUCUUUCUGGACACCGUUAACAUACAGGUGUCACUGCCUCUUUAAAAAAUGAGAGCAUUGUUAGUAUACUUGAUUUUAGAUUUUUUUUCUUUCUAUUGACCUGACCUGCUGUGCGAGUGUAUUGCGUUGCAUUGUUGUGUGGUGGCUCACCCAUACUUUUACGUUUCCCACACAUCCCUCCAGUAAAAGUGGAAGCUGCACAUAGCAUCCAGGGCUGCUGAAAGCUGAUGUUUUUCUUGGCUUCUCACAGCUAGUCCAAAUGCUGAAAACUUGUCCACAGUAUAUUUUUGAGCUCUCAACAGGUGGUCUGCUUGAUGGAUUUGUUGCAAAUGUGAAUUUGCACGUCACUGACCAGCAGGGCCUGAAGGUUGAAUACAAGUGACGAGCUUGUAGUAAGCUGAAAAGAUGCAGAGUACUAUGAUUUAAAACAAGGCUGCAAAGAAGUUUGAUGCAGCUUUGAUAACAAAUGGGUAAAGCAAGUCUUUAGGUGCACUGCAAUUUUUUGUGUGUGUGCUGUGAACGAAGUUUUCUUCUGCAUGGUUUAUAGUCCGAAGGUUUUCAGACUGCUGUGUGACCUUGGCGGUACAAAGUUAGCACAGUAAAAUGUGCCUAUACUUUUUGUGUGUGUCUGCGUGUGUGUGUAGUGCAAGUGCUGUUUUGGCGCUGUGGCCGGUCAUUCACAUGGGUAUUGGUGAAAUUAUACUGUGCAGUGGUAACUGUCGAAGUUAAGACUUGUUUCUUUUUCUAGUAUAGGUAGUGGUUACAGAAUGUGGAGACCACUUUGUAUUAUAUCUUCUUGUACAAAUAAACAUUUCGAAAUCA